GCUGCUGCUGCCGCUGAGGGAGGAAGAUGAGGAGGAAGAAGAGGCAAGCAAAAUAGCCUCACCAGCAGCACGCAGUAGCACCUCCACCGACCCGGCCCGUCCCUUUUCACUAUCACUCACCGCUGUUGAAGCUUCCUGUAAGACCUGUGAGCUGCGGUUUCAAGUGGAAAAUGUCACUGGGCACUUAGAAGAAAACAGAAGAGGGGCGAGAAAGACGAGAGAGCGAGCGAGAGAGCAAGAGAGAGAGAACGAGAGAGAGAGAGAGGUGACAGUCAGUCUGCUCUAGUAGAGGGAAAGAGGUGCAGAAAGAGAAAUUAGAGAAAUUUAAUCAUCAGGCCAGAGGAAAACCACCUGAGGAUGUCAUUCCUCUUGCCGACCCCCUGCUGUCAGGAGACAUAAGCCAUGUUGCUGGCCGCCGAGACGCUGCUGUGGUCCCUGUGGAUCUCGCUGGUUCUGAUUCCAGCUCAUUCUCACAAAGCUUCAGCCGGGCUCGUCUGCACGAAUGACUUUGUUAACAACGUCAGCUGCAGCUGGACCGGAGCCGGGCUUGGUUCUGUGGAGGACUGUUCCAUCUCUGGAGAGAAGAUAUUUUGGAUUUAUAGAGAAAAGCACUUAAAAGUUGAAAGCUGCAAACUGAAACAACACGGGAAGUCGUCUCUGGGCUGCAGCUUCGUCUUUGGAGAAACAAAGUUCUCUGGUUAUGACGUGUUGCCAAGGAUCUAUCUGAAGUGCAGCGGGACGCUGGUGGAGAACAUCACAAACUACCAGCCAGAGGAACACAUUAAAAUGCCUCCUCCACGAGCUCCCCAGGUCAACAUCACUGACAGGUUCACCUUGAUAUCAUGGAGCCUGGGGAAUCCUGUCUCAAUGUAUUUCACCUCUGGCUUCGACUUCCAGCUUCAGAUCAAACAGAGACAACAGGAAUGGAGGGACUCCAGAAAUGUUUCCACGAGGGAGCAAGUGCUGAGGUUUGAGGCGGGGAAACUGAAGGGCCGCUUGGAGGUCAGAGUCCGAGUCGAUCCGGUUGGAAGACCCGGCAGCCACUGGAGCGACUGGAGCCCGACGACAUCCUGGGAGGAUUUGAAAGAUGAGAAAAGUCAUUCGUACUCGCCAUCAGAUCAGAACACAGUGAGGUGGAGCUUAGUCGCCCUCGGCUUGUUUCUCGUCACUGUCAUCGUUGUGCUGGCCCACUACAAGACCCGGGGGCUGCUCAAAGGGAAGCCGCUACCGAAUCCCUCGAAGUACUUCCAAACUCUCCACACGGUCCACCAGGGAAAUCUAAAAGAAUGGCUCAAUCCCUUUUCGGGGACCCAGUCGUUCUUCGUCACCCCUUCGUGCGACCGAAUCUCCCGUGUGGUGGUGUGCGAGGACUGGAACGAGGCGGCGUCCUCCCCGUCCCCGACUUCCAUCACCACCAGCCCCCUGCUUCCCUUCCACAGAUACCCCGCUUCUAGCUCCAACAACGGCCUCGACUACAACUCGUCGUCCCUGUCGAGCUUCUCAAACGUGGGUUACUUCAUGUCCAGCUCCUCCGGCGGCGGCUCGGCUCGGACCGACUCCAACCCGGCUUACUUCGCCUAUCGAGACGAUUUCCAGAACUCUCCCCAGGUCCAUGGCAUGCACUUCCCCCUGUGUGAUCCCGAUUAUGAGAGUCUGAAAAGGGAGCCGGAGAGCCCUGACUCUGGUUUUGGCAUUAUGACGGAAGAUGAAAUGAAAGAGACAAGGAGAGCAGUUAGCAGGGAAGAGGAGGCAGUUCUGAGUGAUCAAAGUUCCCCUCUUCUCUUCCUUCCUCUUCACCUUCCCUCUCGCCCUCCUUCCUCUCCAUCAGCUCAUCCUUCCACGUUGACAAGGCCGUCUGAAAGCCAGCAGAUGGAUGUUGCUGAGACAGACACAGGCAGUAGCUCAGCUGCUCAGCCUGUUGCUGGCGCCAUGUGCAGGUCGUCCUCCAUGCCCGUGGAACCCUUCAGAACCGACUAUCUGACGCUUAAAGAGCUACAAAUGACAUUCAGUAACAAAUCCAUCUAAACGCUGGCCUUCGAAACUUGAUUCAUCAUCAGGAGGAGUUCAAGAAGUGUUUCUAAGGAGAGAAAACAGAAAAAAAGCCCAAUUUGUCACAAAAAUUCUAAGAUAGAUGCAAAGUAGUCUGUGUACUGUCUACUGCUUGAGGACAGUAAAGUCCAUGUUUGAUCCCAUGGUGUCAAGAGUUCCUGACGAAAGCCGGCCCCCAGUACUGCAACCAGUUUGCGUUUUGCGUCCCCAGUUUUGACAAAUCUCAGCCUAUUUUUUGCGUACUCCGCUUGCAAAAUUGCACUAUAGGUUGUGCACGCCAUUUACAUGAUCUAACACGUGUGGGUUUUCCCUAACUACCUGAGUGUUUAGCAGAGACUGCAUUGGCUGCUGCAUCUCCCCAUUCUGUCUGUGUCACAUGACCCGCUCUGCAAAGCAAGUCCCUCGGUUUAUGAAGUCGCAUUGGUGACCUUGGCUAUGAGCUUUGUCUACACCCGACGGACUAGAACGAUGACCACAAGCCGUAUCAAAACAGAAAGCAAACAUGCUAAUGUUAGCCUAGCACUACAGCUAACUUUUCUGGAUAAAAACAAGGUCAUCAAGGGCAAGAUGUAAGUUUAUUGAAGACUAACGGUGUGUUGAGUCACAUACAGCUACAAUAAUAAACAAUGAAAAGAUGCUUGUUCCCAGAUGACAUGUUGGGAUAUUAUGACGCUCCUCUGUUGGAGUAGCAACUAACUAGGACAGAAUGCAUGUAGCUGUCUAGAAACGCAGAUAUUAGAGGCUACAGCGCCAUUAGUGAGUGUGCCACAAGUACGUUACUAAUGUAGACCAUUUGUAGCAGAUCCCAGGAGGUUGAGACCACAAUAAAUGACUCAAUUCUGCAAAUACUUGAGACCUUCUCCACCCAAAAGACGCCUACUACUACCUAUUUUACACCUUAACAUCCACUGACGCGCUCAGUGGAAGCCAUCUUAGCACUACCGCAGGAACUACCACCCACAGUGAAGUGUUAGUCGUCUCGGCUCUUGGGGACAAAGACAAUCAGCACCAAGGAGAACGAAUGAGGCUCCUGCACCGGGUUCUUUCUAAAUACCAGCCAAUAGUGUAUCAAGAGGCGUUGUCUCUUGGUGUUUCAGCCUCCCAAUCUGUUUGAAUAGUUUGGAAUGAUCAAGGAAAUAAUUGUAAUUUGGCAAAUUUUCUGCAAAUAUUUUAGAGUCACAUUCCACAGAGAAUAUCUGCAAAUCCUAAUUUUUUCUGUGGCUGCUUUUUCUUCUUCUUCUUCUUUCAAAUAUAUAAUAUAGACGAGGUGAUCAUCUGUAUUAUGUUGGUUAAAGAUGGUGAAACCUAAUAAAUGAGCUGCUAAGAGCUGCAUAGAUGUAAGGGGGAAGAAAACGCUGAUAAGUCUGUGCUGGUUUAACUUCACUGCUAAUUUUUAUUGUACUAUAUUGUUUGAUCUGCAUUAAUAAGUUACCAAAGUUUAUCCUCAA